AGCACAUGGUUUUCGAAAGAACGUCACAGCAAACAAGGCUUUUUUUAAAAAAUAAAAAAAAAGCGUUAUCCCUAUUUUCUCUCUCUCUCUCUCUCUUAUACACACAAAUAAGAAAUUGAAAAAUGUCUACACCUACCAGAAGAAGACUCAUGCGCGACUUUAAGAGAUUACAAAGUGAUCCCCCAGCUGGUGUAUCAGGUGCACCUUGUCCAGAUAAUAUCAUGAUGUGGAAUGCAGUAAUCUUUGGUCCUGCUGAUACCCCCUUCGAAGAUGGUACAUUCAAACUAGUUUUACAAUUCGAUGAAACUUAUCCCAACAAACCACCUCAAGUGAAAUUUGUAUCAAAAAUGUUUCACCCUAAUGUAUAUGCCAAUGGCGAACUUUGUCUUGAUAUUUUACAAAACCGUUGGAGUCCAACUUACGAUGUGGCAGCCAUCUUGACCAGUAUUCAAUCACUCUUUAACGAUCCUAAUCCCAACUCACCGGCCAAUGCAGAAGCAGCUAAUCUCUACCGUGAAAAUAGAAAGGAAUAUGUUCGUAGAGUAAGAGAAACCGUUGAAGAAUCUUGGGAGUAAAAUAUUAUAUACAAAUUGUAAAAGCAAAAUCUACCGUGUCAAAAAAAUAAAUAAAUAAACAAAAACAUAUUCAUACAGCUUCUCCCUUUUGAAUUGGUUCUCUUUAGGGAGAACCAGACUUUUUACAUCGCA